AUGGCGAGUUACUCCGCCGCUGGGGAGCGAGGGGUACGGAGGUGGCGGCCGGAGCGGGAGACUGAGGCUAAGAAGCAGACAUCAGCCCCAGUGCCCGGUGGCAGUGGCAGUGGCAGUGAGAGCGGGAGCGGCAGCAGCAGCAGCAGCAGCACCAGCAGCAGCAGCACCAGCACCAACACCAGCAGUAGCAAUAGCAGUAGCAGCAGCAGCGGCAGUACCAGCUCCGGCUCCUCCGGCUCCGGCUCGGGCUCCGGCUCGGGUUCCGGCUCCGGCUCGGGCUCCGGCUCCGGCUCCAGCUUUUUUUCAGGCAGCGGCGGCAGCGCCGGCGGCGGGGACAUAGGCAGCAGCGGCAGCAGAAGCAAAGGCAGAGGCAUCGGCGGCAUGUGGAGGGGCGCAGAGGACGGCGCCCGCUGCUGCUCCCCGGAUCGCGGGGACCCGGGCCUGAGACAGCUGCUGCAGGCGGCCGGAGCCGAUGUCCGCAAAUGCGGGUACCUGCGGAAGCAGAAGCAUGGCCACAAACGCUACUUCGUGCUGCGGACGGCCAGUCGCCUGGCCCCGGCGCGCCUCGAGUACUACGAGAGCGAGAAGAAGUUCCGCAGCAGCCUUCGCGCCGCGGCGGCGGCGGCCGCCGCCGCCGCUUCGGCCGGCCCCUCGGCGGGCGCGCCCCCCGCCGUGCAGCCCAAGCGCGUUAUCCCGCUGUACCAGUGCUUCACGGUGAGCCGCCGAGCCGAUGCCAAGCACCGCCACAUCGUCGCCCUUUACACCAAGGACGACUACUUCGCCAUGGUGGCCGAGAGCGAGCAGGAGCAGGAGAGCUGGUACCAAGCGCUGAGUCUCCUGAUGGGCCAGAGCAAGACGCGCAGCUCCGGCACCGGGACCGAGGAAGGCGAAGACGGCACCGCCGGCGGCGGCGACGGCGUGGCCACCGACGAGGGGGGUGCGGCCGGCGGCGGUGCGGCCGCCGGUGCCGCCGCGGGUGCCGGUGCGGCCGCCGGUGCCGCCGCGGGUGAGGAAGACGACGACGAGGACGGAGCCUUCAAGGAGGUGUGGCAGGUGCAGGUGAAACCCAAGGGGCUGGGCCAGAGCAAGAACCUGAGCGGCAUCUAUCGCCUUUGCCUGUCCAGCAAAGAGGUGCAUCUGGUGCGCCUGAACGCCGAGGUGCCCAGCGUGAAGCUGCAGCUGCUCUGCAUUCGCCGAUGCGGCCACUCGGAGCACUUCUUCUUUCUCGAGGUGGGCAGGUCGUCAUCCAUCGGCCCCGGGGAGAUCUGGAUGCAGGUGGAGGACUCGGUGGUGGCUCAGCAUAUGCACGAGACCUUCCUGGAAACCAUGAAAGCCCUCAAGGCCUUCACCGACUUCAGGCCCCGGAGCAAGAGCCAGUCGUCGUGCACCAACCCCAUCUCGUUCCUCUCCACCAGGAGGCACCUGGGCUACCUGCAGCCCUGCCUGGGGAUGUCCCGCAGGUCCCGCACCGACAGCAUGGCCAGCACCCCGCCUUCCUGCAAGGGCGGCACCUACCGAUUCCGGACCUCCAGCGAGGGCGAAGGCACCAUGGACAGACCCUUCAAAACGGUCACGGGAAGCCUGAUGCAGCUGAACCCUGGGCGGAUGAACGUGGCCCGGCCCGAAGGCGGCAGGUACGUUCGAGCCGCUCUCCACGCCUGCUGUCACGCUCGCUCUGCCUCCCUGCCCGUGUCUCCCUUUCCCUCGGGGACCAGCCCAGCCCCGGACGGCGUGGCCAGGCCUUCGAGCUCCGUGUGCGGGACCCCUGGCGACGGAAGCGUCGUCUCCGAUGACCACGGCCCCAGCCCCGGAGACGUGAGGUAUUUCCGACUGAGGAGCAACACCCCGGAUUCCGUGGGGCACACCCCACCCAUCCGAGAGGAGCACUGUUCCAACGAGUACAUGUCCAUGAAUAAGCAGCGCGCCAGUAGGAGCGCCGGCGGUGAGCAUAUGGAGGCUGAAAAGUUCUUCAAGAAGAAAACUUUUUCCCUGCCUAAGCCAGCGGCUGUAACCAUGCAACAGAAAACAACCCAGACGACUCCCUUCGAUGAGGACUGCGCCGGAAACCCCCGGCUGCUCUUUUCCUCCGAGCCCCCGCGGGGCAGAGAGACCCCCAAAGCGGAGCUUGGGGAGAACGGGUCCAAUCGGAACCGCGGCAGAAAAAGAGCCGAGGACGACGGCUACAUGCCCAUGAUGCCGGGGGUCGCCGCGCCCCUCAAAAGCAACAGCGAUUACUUGCCCAUGGCUCCGCGGAGUGCUUCCGCCCCGAAGCCCGGCGCUUCUUGGUCAUCCUCUCAGAAGGACUCCCGAGGCUACAUGAUGAUGUUCCCCAGGGCCGUCCCGCCCGCCCCGGGCCGCGGUUCCCGAGGCAGAUUCGCUUCCAAGGGAGCCGCUAAUCAGGACGACGAGGACAACGAGUACAUGGAUAUGUCCCCGCAGAAUCCUCUCCCGCCCAGGCAGUCUCAGGAGGCGAGUUCUGCUCACCCUCCCUCCUUCUCCAAAAGUCUCAGCUCCCUCUUCUCUCUGCCGAAAAGUUUCCGAAGUCUCGGCGAACACCACAACCACGACAGCGAUUAUGUCCCGAUGGCGUCGCCCGGGAGACUCUUAAGCACCGUGUCCGAAAGCGCCCCGAGGGUUAACCAGGAAGCCCCGCCGCCCAAGAGCUCGUCUAAAGCGCCAGCCGCCAAAGCUUCGGACGGGGGCUUCCUGCACCGCAGGGCCGCGAGACCCACCAAACUCCCUCUGGGCUCCAGGGGAAGCAGCGUGCCCAGGAUCUACGAGCGGGCCCUGGAAAGGGACAGCCCCGGGGAGUACAUCAACAUCGACUUCAGCCGAAAAGCGGGCCAUGCCCCGUAUUCCUUCUCCGCCGGAUGCUCCCCGUCUGCGUUCGGCCCCUGCGGGGACCACGCGCACUCCCCCUUCGCCGAUUACGUGAGCUUCGCCGUCGAUAACAACCCGCUCAACACCGCCAAGGAGAUGGUCAAUUCCCUGACCCUGUCCGACUCCAAGCCCCCUCGCAGCCAGCCGAGCGCGGGCGGCGCCCGAAGCCCCCUCGGCGCCGCCGCCCGCGCCAGCACCCCGACCAACGCGGACGACGACUACACCGAAAUGACUUUCAACCCCGCCGCCGCGACAACCGUGCCUUUAGCCCCCCAGAGCGACGGUCCGGUCAAGAUGGACAGCCCCUCUUCGGCCGUAAAUCGCCUUCGCAUCGCCGACACGUCUCCCGAGGGCAGCACCUCCUCCCUCCCCGACAUCAGCCCGGAACCACCAGUUGUACCCAAGGCGGUCCGAGCCGACCCACAGGGCAGAAGGCGCCACAGCUCCGAAACUUUCUCCCAGGAAGGAGCCGGAGCCGCCUCGUCCUCUCUCUUCGCCGAUAGCAGAUGGCAGAAUUCCGCCUCCUUUGACAGCAUCUGGUCCAAAUCCGGUGAAGGUGCUUCGAACUCCGAGGAGACCAAGAUGUCCAGAAUCACCUCGGCUGGCUUUCAGAACGGCCUCAACUACAUCGCCCUGAAUUUACGUGAUGCUAAAAGUGGGGCCGGCCCAGCUGCUCCGAAUUCUCGCCAGAGGAACGGGGCUCCUGCCGGGGACAGCGGCGCCUAUGUCAGCAUCUUCUCCAAAGGUGACAUCUUCCAGUGUGCUUCUGCGAAAAAAGACUGAAUCCAUCGCCUUGGAAAUUGUUUUGAGAAGAAGGUAUUGGUUGUGGCAUUUCAGCUGGUAUCCUCAAGACCUGCUUUUGAAGAGACCAGAGGUUUCGGAAGAGAAAGCAACUUUGGUUUCCUGGAGCCCAGAAAUGGACCCCGAUGGUGUAACGGCUUUGUUCACACCCAAGUUGGCUAGCUGCCUUUGAUCUAGCUAUUCGGAAUUCCUGAUGUUGACAACUUGCUUUGAAUUGUCAUUUGUUGUUGUGGUGGUUGUGGUUGCUGUUGUCAUUGUUGUUUUCUUCAGUUUGCCUCUUUAGGAGGAAACAAGUGCUUAAUGAAAGAUUUGGAGCUCCCCUUGCCUCUUGAAAAGGUUUUUUCUUCUCACAUUAAGCUACGCUAAGAUGGUGGCCCACAAUGUGUUUAAUAACGAGCUUGCUUAUCUAGUAAGUAGUAGUUUUCAUAGCCUGUAAAUUUUGCUCACUUUCCAUUCCAUUUUUGAACUUGAAAAACCUUUUGAAGGGGCCAGAGAAAGAGGGAGAACACUAAAAACUUGGCUCUAUGAAACAGGCUGUUGUUGCUCAGUGCUAUGAGAGGCACUUCUUGAUCACAGAUCUUGAAUUUUUUGAAUGAAAUAAACUGAUGCCUUGAUUGACAAUUUUGAAUACUUAAAAAGUUCAACCAAAAGGCAGACCGAUUGGUUUUGGGUUUUUUGCUACUUGCUUACUACUUAAACUUAACAUUAAAGUUGGGGGCUUCUGUGCAUUCCAAUUGGACGUUUCCAAACUUUAUUUUUUAAUCACAGAUGAUGUUUUUGUUCCAUAAGUCCCCCGCCCACUCGCAAGUAGUCUCAUCCUUACCAAGUUAUACCAUUCCCCUCCCCUACCUCAAUCUCAAUUUUGGACCAAGUUUGCAUCCUGAAAAAAAAAAAUUCGACUUGAUCCUCAAUUUAUCACUUGCCUUAAAAAUAAACAAAGAAACAAACAAAGCUUCUCAAAGGUCAUUUCUCACCUUGGAAAAUGAGCUUACAGAAAAUGUUAGGAAAUUAAAGUAAGCUCUGCUACUUCUGCUCUUAUUUGAGUUGGAGCUGAUUUAAAAUUGUAAUGCUGACCUUUGAGAGUAUUUCAUUGAUUGGUGGUAAGUGCAAAGGAUCCUUACCCAGGUUCUAGAGACUGCUCGAGGGUUUGUGAGAUGGUGCUGGUAAAAAUUCGUUCCACCUUACCGCACUACUCCCGGCAGACCUCCUCAUUGUAUAUUGUGGAAGCGUAUGUGGUGUUCGUUCUUGUGUGUGCGCGCGCACGUGUGCGUGUAUGUUGUGUGUGCCUCGUGUGUAAGUUGUGAUAUGUGUUGUGUAUUAUGUAUCUUGUACAUUGUGUGUGUUUAAAUGAUCACCUCUAACAUACGAUCUUUCUAAAACAAUGUAUGGUUUCUAUAACAAUUUAGCCACUUGGUUUUGAUGUCAAAUAUAACAUGCAUUUUUAUUUUCAAGAAGUUUUAAAGUACACGCUAACUCAGAAGCGCAAUUAUUUGAUGUCAAAAAACAUGUACUUUUUUCGAGCAGUCUUAAAGUACAUGUUAAUUAAAAAACCAACCAGUUGAUGUCAAAUAAAAUGUGCUUUUUCUGAGCAGUCUUAAAGUUCGUGCUAACAAAAAAAAAAACCCAAAAAACAAAAACCCAAAA